AUGGACGGUGGAUAUGCUUUGUUACAAGGGUGGCGUGCACAAAUACUAAACAGAGGUUAAUGUCAUCGGGGCUGCCUUAAGACAUUUCGGAGAAGUGUUGUGUUGUGUUGAUUUCUCGAAGGUUAUUUGUUUUGUUUCAACGAUGGGUGGUGCUCAUGCUUUGAAGAGAAUCCCUCGCAUCAAGUUCCCCAACAGGCACCUAAAAUCCUCUGCUUCUGCCUCUGAGGGUCAAGCUUUGUCUUCGACAGGCGAUGGCGGUUUAUCGUUCUUUUCAAGUUCAAAUGCUUCGACAACAUUAGGAGGAAAAGCCUCUCUUCAGCCCAAAAGAACUCCGGUCACCAAUGAGGAGAUUGAGGCAGUUUUGUUGGGCGGCUGCUUCUAAUCGACUGUUCUGAAACAAACUGUACGAACAUUUUUUCUGUGUCUCUGAUGAAUCAAAGUUCACUUACAACGGUUCCUUUUUCUUUUUGUAUCUUCACUGUUAUGUUUUGAAAGAGUUUAUUCAUUGAGUGUAUCAAUAAUGCAAUUCAAUUAGGAUUGAAAUUGAAAAAUAUACUGUCAUCUAUGUUAUUACUUCUCUUACUAACCAA